AUGGACGCAGAAAUGGACGCAAUCACCAGACUUCCCGAUGGAACCGCCGCUAGCAUACAGGCUUCGUUGUUUGCGGUCACGAUCGAAGACAUUUGCCGCAUCCUCUUCCGCCAUGCCCUAGGCCAUUGCCGAGACGUCUUUGGAUCAUCGUCCGGACGAACCGACAUUUCUGUGGACUACGACCUGUGGAUAGUCACCGUCACGAUCGAUGUAGACCACAGCAGUAUUCGCUCUGUGCCCUUCCUCGGAGACCAGGCUACUUCAGGCAAGCACAGCGAGCUCAAACUGGUGUCCCAUCUCGGCCUUACACGAAUCGAAGCGUCUUCAUCGUCAGGAAGGUCAAGCACCACCUGGCAGGACGGCCUUCAGCUCCAGUCGAAAUCGAGUUCCGCAGAAAUCGAGGAACUGCUUGCAUCUCUGUCUUCCGCCGCUGUCUCAGGAAGAGGUGUCACUGUUUGCAUGUGCGAUGUCUUCUCGGGCAUGCCAGUCCGCCGUAAGCUUAUCGCGUCAGAAGCAGACAAGAGGAGCCGGGUCUCUUCUCUCGUCAGCUGCGCUCGGGGGCUUUCGCUUCUCUCACCAGACUCGAGCAUUCGACUCAGCGUACGUCAGGCUGCCGUACCAGAUCGCCUAGCACCACCGUUCAAGGUGCUGCUCAGCUUGCCGCGCGAACAGGACCUCGUGCAUCGAUACACAUCCGCUUUUGGCGUCGACAUCGUUCAGCUACAGGCCGUUCGUAUUGUCGCAGUCGAACAGACGUUUGCUUCGGCUAGGAUGAGCGUCAAUGGGUUCGUGGCCGCGACAGCAACCACCGAUACAGCUAGCUGCGUCUUUCUGCAACAACGAGUCUGGCCUGGAGCUACCAUGUGCGGAGGCUCUCAGCCGUCCGAGCGAGAAUCUGCCGUCUUUGCCUCGCUGCUAUCGAGCUUUCAUCUGCCAUGGUCGGAUGAAACAUCAAAUAGAUAUACUCGGCGGCUGGCGCUAUGCCCAGAUUUCUACGAAAAGGUGUAUCAGCGGAUCGAAGCUCUACCUACGGUUUCCGCCCCGGACAAGGGGCGACAGACUGCACAAGCAUUCGUACUCGACAUCACGCUGCACGACAAAGGCCGAGAGGAGCAUGCUCCUGGAUUGGAACUCACUGUUGCGUCGUUCGAGGCAGCUGUACUUGAUGCUAUCUGCAAAGUGCCAGAGGGCGUGGACGCCGUCUUACAUGUAAAGCGAAAGCGUUCAAGUCGGCGUAGUACUGCUGGGGAGCGCGGGUCGAAGGAGAAGAGUGCCCGCCGGAUCAAACCAUGCCCUGCUACCGCAUCUCUGGCAAUCGAAUCGUAUGGCCCAGCGGCCCUUGCUCCAGAAGGCAUGGUCGAGUGGAGGAACCCUGUAACUGGUCGACUUUUCCACAUCGAUCAGCGCACCGGUCACAGUGUCGCCGUCCGUCCGGGAUCUGGGAACAGCGGCGACGAGGACAUGCCAUCACUGACAAUGGCUCGUAGGGCCAAUUGCGGCACUGGUGUGGAUCGCUCCAACCUGAACAAGGGUCUUGACGGCUUGCCGCCUGGGCAUCGGCUAGCAGCGGCGUUCAACAGACAUGCCAGCGUCGACGAAUUCGACGACCCAAGCCUGGACGAGGCACUCGCCUCCAUCCCCUCUCCUUCGCCGAUCUCAGCAUCGGAGCCUUUUCGCCGCAGUCGCUUCUUCGACUCCAUGCGUCCAAGGUCUCCUUACAAGCGAAUUCGGAGUCAACGUUUGCAGAAUGAUGCAUCUGACGACUACAACACUCUCCCUCGAAGAGCCAAUCUCGAGCUCGCCAUCACACGCUCGGACUUGAAACGGGCUCAGGUGCUCGACCAAGUCGAUGAAAAGUUCAUCCUCUGCAGUACAUCAUCGUCUGCAUUGCCGUCUACGCCCACCCCAGUCCUGUUCUGCAUUGAUCAGCACGCGGCUGACGAAAGAUACCGGCUUGAGCGUUUGCUCGAACAAUUCGCCACUGAUUGUGCUGGUGGUACUGCGGCGCAUCCUUUGUCGGCCGUCCUGACUUUGGGGAUCUCAGUGCAGCAGUAUGAGCUCAUUGAUGGAAGCGCAGCGGUUCAAUCGGGCCUGCAGAUACUCGGAUGGUCUGUCAAGGAACUCGUGCUCGUCCAUGCCACACUAGGCCACGCGCAGGUGGAUAUAGAUGGCAUCCCUCACAUCCUCAAGGACAAAGCGCUCACAGAUCGUGGCAGAAUCAAGGAUCGAGACUUGCUGCAGUCCUCGUUCGCAAACUGUCUUGGAGAGCUGGCCUCUGCCAUCUCCACACUGUCGAAGCUUAGCACCGAGGGGAACACGGACUGGCUGAGUAUCUCGAGCGCCAUCCCGACCUCAUUGAUGGAUGUCAUCAAAAGCACGGCAUGUCGCAGCGCGAUUAUGUUCAAUGAUCCGCUGAGCAGGGAGGCUAGCGAACGGCUGGUGAGGAGGCUCGGCGAGUGCAAGUUUCCUUUCCAGUGUGCGCAUGGUAGGCCGAGCUUAGUGCCGCUGUGCGAGGUGAGGUUUGUGCGCAAGGUGGCAGGUGACGGAUAG